CUGCGCCACCCAGGCGCCCCUAUAAAGGCCUUUUAAAGGAUCGAUGGGGCCCUGCGCCUCCAGCCCCAUCUAGAGACACUGCAGAUAGUGAGAUCUGCCACCCACACAUGGGCCCCAGCCAGGCCCGAUGAAGGUGUGAGAAUAGUCCGGCCCGAGACCAAUGCAGGGCUCAAGAGAAACCUGGUGGUGUUAGGACAAAGUAUGGGCCAAGGAAUUAGAUAGACCUGGACCUGGACCUGGGUCGACUGCUGCCUCUGGCCAUGUAGCAGCCACUUAACUCUCUGUGCCUCAGUUUCUUCAUCUGUAAGAAAUGAUGAUAGUGUCUGCCUCAUGGGGUUCUAAGGGUUAAGUGAGGUAAUGCAGGUUAGGUGCCCGCCACUUUCAGAAGUCUCUAAAGCUAUAACCUUGGUAGGAUGGUCGUGGAUUGUCAUGAAGGAGGGUUUAGGGGAAAGGUGGAGAGCUGCCCAGGUUGUGGAAACACGAUUGGACCAAGGGGUGGGCUGGGCUGCUCUGACCCUCACCCCUUAGCUGGGCCUGUGGGUCCUGUGUACCUGGUCUGUACCGUAGUGAGAGGGCAGACAGAGUGGAGGGCGCCCCCAAAACCUCGGUGCUCUGCCCGCCAGAUGGAAGCCAUUGGGAAGCUCUCGGACGACAUGCGGCGGCACUUCCGCAUGAAGCUUCGGAACCUGUUCACCAAGUUCAUCCGCAAGUUUGGGUUUGAGCUGGUAAAGGGGCUGCUGCCCGAGGAGUACCACAAAGUCCUGGUAAACAUUCGGAAAGCCGAGGCCCGAGCCAAGAGGCACCGUGCUCUGAACCAGGCUGCUGUGGAAGAGGAGGAGGAGGAAGGAGAGGAACCUGCCCAGGGCAAAGGUGACAGCAUCGAGGAGAUUUUGGCCGACUCGGAGGAUGAGGAUGCCGAGGAGGAGGAGGAAAGGGGCCAGGCCAAGGAGCGCCGGAAGCUGGCCCGACAGAGAAGCCAGGCGUGGCUGAAGGAGGGUGGUGGGGAUGAGCCCCUCAACUUCCUGGACCCUAAGGUGGCCCAGCGAGUCCUAGCUACCCAGCCUGGGCCCGGCCGGGGCAAGAAGAAGGACCACGGCUUCAAGGUGAGUGCCGAUGGCCGCCUGAUCAUCCGGGAGGAGGAGGACGAUGCUGCCACGACCAAGAUGGAGGAAGAGGAAGGCACUAAAGGUGGGACCACCAUCCAUUCUAGGGGCACAGCUGCUUCUGGAGUGGGCAGUGUUGCACUCACUCGGUCGUUCAUUCACUCAUUUGUUUAUUUGCUCAUUCAUUCCGUGACCACUGGUUGGGGAAGUGUAGAUAAAUAAGAUAAUGAGGGGCUUGUAUCUAAGACAACUUCCUCAAACGUUUUGAGUUUCUCAAACUUUUUUGACCACAUUGAGAAAGUUUUACUUUGCAAUCUAGCCACCUAUACAAUACAUACAUAAUUCAAACAGAACUUUCAAAACACUGUACUUCCUCUUGACUGUGUGUGAUGCACUUUUUUGGCCACUGUUCUGUAUCUUU